AUGGCAUCUUCAGUGACGAAAACCAAUCGACCGCGAGAAGACAUUAAAGUCCUCUUUGACUACGAGUUGGCCAAUGCACCUGGAAAAUCGAUCAUCGGUGUCCAUCUUGAUUACCCUCCUGAAGGUUUCACUCCUCCGCAUCGGCACGGCGGUGCCACCGUUGUCGCCUAUGUCCUUGCAGGCGAGCUUCUGAGUGGCAUGAACGGCAAUCCUCCCAAGGUGUACUCCCCUGGGGAAAGCUUUAUGGAGCUUCCUGGUUGUCAUCAUACUGUGGGGGAGAAUACUAGCAAAACUACGUCGACACAGGCUAUUGCUAUUUUUGUAGUGGAUACUGAUGUUGUCAAGACUGGCGGUUAUGAGGCCUUGACAGUGCUUGAUGAGGGUUGGUAA